AUGUAUCUAAGCAAAGGGGUGUGGAGCCACACGGAGGCUUCCGAUAAGAUUGCCAUCUGUCUGCUCCCUGUUGCCUACCUACCCUCCUUGCCGUCUAUGCAUCCCGACGAGAACGGCCGACGAAAAGCCAAGAGGGACGAGAAGAGACGCAGGCUCGACGAGCGCGACGACAUGAAGUUUUCUCACAGCAUCCAGUUCAAUGCCGUGCCAGAUUGGAGCAGCCACUACCUCGCCUAUAGCAGCCUCAAGAAACUGAUCUACGGGCUCGAGAAGAGCACCCACCAGCCCGGUACCUCUGAUGUCGAAACGCGGCCCCUCCUCCAGAAUGAGGACCCCGAAGCUGUCUUUGGUCGAGCCUUGGAUGUCGAGCUAGAGAAAAUCUCCUCCUUCUUCGGUGUGAAGGAAAAGGAGCUCUUGGACGAGGCCGACGACGUUCUGCGCGAUGUCGGAUCGUUCGACGCAGAUGCCCACGAUGAACCCGUUCUUCCGCACAGACCCACCUCGCAGCAUCUGACUGUCGACCAAGUAAAGCCCACUCCCGGCCCUCGGAGCACCCAGAGCGGCCGCAGUGCCCGUUCGACCGAUGAUGGCAUCGAGGACAGUGACGAGGAUGACGACGACGGACAGGACGAGACCUCUGCCCUCACCAAGCGGAGGAGGCCAAGUCUCGGUAGCGCCCUCGGCCGACGCCGUACCGUCCCAAGCGCGAUGGCUGCCUCUACCGACCUGACGGCUUCGACUGAAUUCACAAGGUCGGCGCGUAGAUAUAGUGUCGGCUACGACGACUUCGCAGAGACGGCCCAUCUAUUCUCCCCUGGCAUCGUGUUGAAGAAACGCAUCACCAAUAUCUACGUACAGCUCUGCGAGUUGAAGUCGUAUGUCCAACUAAACAAGACCGGUUUCAGCAAGGUGCUCAAGAAGUUCGACAAGAUCAUCGAUAGGGAAUUCCGACCGAAGUACAUGAGGGAUGUAGUCGAGGUCGCGUAUCCUUUCCUACCCGAGACUGUUAGGCACAUCGAGGAAACUAUCGGGGCCCUGGAGAAGGCCUAUGCUGACGUCGUCAGGCAAGGCGACGAAGAUCUGGCUAAGAAGGAUCUCCGAUCGCACCUGAGGGAGCACGUCGUCUGGGAACGAAAUACGGUAUGGCGAGACCUCAUCGGCCUCGAACGUCGUGCCGAGGCCGCGACUCUCGGCCAGGGCCUCCUCGGCGCGCGGAAUGAUGGAUUGGGGGUGAGACUGCAAGGCGACGACGCACCCGUGACCCCCAUGAGAGAAAUCGUCCUGCCCUUCGGACGGUUCACCUGCCCGACCUGGCUGUUUAGCUCGGCCAUGUUUACGCUUCUCGGAAUAAUCGCCGUUUUCUUCGCGAUCCUGUUCGUUCCCAUCAUGAAAAGCCCCGAACAGCAAAACUGCUUAGCCAUGUUGGUGUUCGUUAGUCUGCUGUGGGCCACCGAGGCAAUACCGCUGUUCGUGACGUCGCUCCUGAUACCGUUCCUCUGUGUCGUUCUGAGAGUCGUCCGUUCGGACAACGCGCCGUACGAUAGACUAGACUCGAAGGCGGCAACCGCGUAUAUAUUCUCGGCUAUGUGGACACCUGUCAUCAUGCUGCUGCUGGGAGGCUUCACCAUCGCCGCAGCCUUGUCUAAAUGCAAGAUCGACAAGCGAAUCGCAACUUUUGUUCUUAGCAAGGCGGGGACGCAGCCGAGGACGGUACUCGUUGCUGUCAUGUUUGUAGCCGCUUUCGCCAGCAUGCUCGUUAGCAAUGUUGCCGCCCCGGUGCUCUGCUUCUCCAUCGUCGAGCCUAUGCUGCGUAAUCUUCCUUCGGACUCCAACAUGUCCAAAGCCGUGAUCAUGGGCAUCGCGCUAGCGUCUAACAUUGGCGGGAUGCUCUCCCCCAUCGCCUCACCUCAGAAUCUGGUCGCGUUGAGCGUCAUGGAACCGGCUCCGACCUGGGGCGAAUGGUUCUUUAUCGUGAUACCCGUGGGUAUCGUGUCGCUUGUCUUGAUUUGGGUCCUUCUUGUUGCCACGUUCCAGCCCGGAAAAGGCGUCACCAUCGUGCCGAUCAGGUCGGUGAAGGAGUCGUUCACGGGCUUGCAGUGGUUCGUGUCGAUCAUAUGCCUUUCCACCAUCGGACUCUGGUGCGCGAGCCAUCAACUCGAGUCGACGUUGGGUGAUAUGGGUGUCAUUGCCAUCAUCCCGAUCGUGAUCUUCUUCGGCGUUGGGAUACUCACCAAGGAGGAUUUUAACAACUUCCCUUGGACCAUCAUCAUCCUCGCUGCAGGUGGUCUAUCCCUCGGCAGGGCUGUCAAGUCGUCGGGGCUUCUUCACACGGUGGCCAGGACCAUAUCCGAGAGGGUUGACGGGAUGGACCUGUACGGCGUCCUGCUCAUCUUCUCGAGCCUGACCUUGGUCAUUGCGACUUUCAUCAGCCACACGGUGGCCGCACUGAUUAUCCUGCCACUCGUGUCCGAUAUUGGAAAAGCGAUGGACGAGCCUCACCCCAACCUGCUCGUCAUGGCGGCGGCGCUCAUGUGUAGCGCCGCGAUGGCGCUGCCGACUAGCGGUUUCCCCAAUAUGACCCGCCCCAUCAUCGAGCUCAAGCAGCGCGACAAGUCCAAGAUAGAGGCUAUCUUGGCCCACGGCGAUCGCGUCUUUGUCGGCUUGAACACUGGUUCCCUACGAAUAUACCGCCUGAACGAACCGUCCCAGCCGUCCAACGGUGCUUCUUCCUCUCCGACGCCGACGCAGCCGGAUCCGAAUCCUGAACCCAAGCCCGCAGAACUCCUCCGCGAAGUCGAGAAAUUCUCCACGCGUGCGAUCGACCAGCUAGCCGUAAUCAAAGAAGCCAACACUCUCGUGUCCCUCUCCAACUACUAUGUCUCUCUCCACGACAUUCAUACCUACGAGCUGAUAGAGACGAUAUCCCGCACCAAAAAUGCCACGUGCUUUGCUGUCACCAGCAACAUCGUCAAGGAUGCGGCAACCGGCAUUCCGGAUAUCAUCAGCCGCCUUGCCGUGGCUAUAAAGCGGCGCCUGCUGUUAUGGAGCUGGCACGACAGCGAACUGCGUGACGAGGUCAUCGAGAUCGUGCUACCCGAGGCCAUCAGAACCCUAAGUUGGGCAAACGCGACCAAGGUGGUCUGCGGCAUGAACGCAGGGUAUGUCCUGGUCGAUGUGACUACCUCGCAAAUACACGAGAUCGCCGGCGUCGGCGCCGCCGUGGCUGGAGGCCAAGGAGGCAGGUUCGGUGCCGCGAGUAUGGGCUACAUGGGACUUGGAGGGUACAUGCCGAAGCCGCUCGUGACGAGAUUGGCCGAGGGGCAGAUACUACUUGCGAGGGACAUCAAUUCGCUCUUCAUCGAUACGGAUGGGAACGUCUUGGACAAGCGUCAGGUUCCCUGGCAAAGCGCCCCCGAAAGCAUCGGAUACAGCUAUCCUUAUAUCUUAGCUCUUCAGCCACCAGCCAAGGGCUCGCUAGAGGUGCGGAACCCGGAAACUCUAAGCCUCCUACAGACGAUGGAGCUCCCCGGCGCAGCACAGCUGCAUUUCCCGCCUCUCAUGCCCAGCCUCGCGCAUGCGGGUAAGGGUUUUCAUAUCAGCAGCGAGAGGGCUGUGUGGAAGAUGGAAGCCACCGACUACGACACCCAGGUCCAGGAACUGAUCGACAAAGCAAAGUACGACGAAGCUGUAAGUGUCCUCGGCAUGUUGGAAGACGCGCUGUUGAAGGACAAGACUAGUACCUUACGGGAAGCCAAGAUGUUGAAAGCCGAGGUCCUGUUCAGGCAGAGGAAAUUCUCGGAAAGCCUAGCAUUGUUUAACGAGGAUGAAGUGCACGCGCCUCCCCAGAGGGUCCUCAGGUUGUAUCCCAGGAUGAUUGCUGGCGACCUCGCCGCCGAAACGCCCCAAGAGGAAACUUCGGAAGAGGAAGAUCACGAGGAUGAUGAAAAGGCCAACGGCGAAACGACGGCAAAGGCCGAUGCCGGCAUCGACGCCGCGUCCCCAUCUAGGCCGACCACCUUUGCAAAGUAUUGGAUGAGCGGGCACCGCAGAAUAGACUCGGAUGCGGCGUCCAUCGCCUCAUCUAAGAGGGCGACCGCCGCCGAGAACGACGACGCAGCGAGCAUACAGGUUAAGGCGAAGACUACGUGUGAGGAUGGACCGUUGGAAGGGAAAGACUUGACCAAGGCUGUCCGGGAACUCAACAGCUAUCUUGCCGGCACGAGGGCGCGCCUCCAGCGGUGGAUCGACCCUGCAACGGGCAAGCUGAAGCUAGGCAAACCCGCAACGAAUGUGGAUUCGUCUCUAAGCAUAGAUGAGAAUUUGGACGCCUUACUGACACACCCUCGCUCCGAGUCCGACGAGCAACUCGAACAGGAGCUCAGGGAGACGUUCACCCUGGUCGAUACGACUCUCUUCCGUGGGCUGAUGUUUGUUACACCUGCCCUUGCGGGCUCUCUCUUCCGCAUUCCGAAUUUCUGCGACCCUGCGGUGGUGAAUGAACAUUUGCUCAAGCACAACCGGUACAACGAAUUGGUCGACUUCUUCUAUGGCAAGAAGCUCCACCGAGAAGCGCUCACCCUUCUCCGCAAAUUCGGGGACACCGAUGCGGAAAGCGAAGUGGCCACGCUCGACCUCAAUGGCCACGACGAGGCUGAAGUGGCCAUACCCGAACAACUCCGUGGCCCCCAAAGAACCAUCAAAUAUCUACAGAAUCUACCCCCAGAAAUGAUCGAUAUUAUCCUCGAGUUUGCGAGCUGGGUUCUACGGCGCAAUCCAGACCAGGGAUUAGAAAUAUUUGUGGCCGAUAGCGAGAAUGCGGAGACAUUGCCUCGAGAGAAGGUUGUCAACUAUCUCGGUACCAUCCACGUCUACCUAGAAAUCCGGUACUUGCAACACAUCAUCACGGAGCUGGAAGACGGCACGCCCGAUUUCCACAAUCGAUUGGUGGAGCUGCUCGUCCAAGCCCUAAAGGCCGAUGAAAGAAACGAGCUGUGGAACGAGCGUCAGCAAUACAGUCUCAGCAGGGCUCUCAGUAUCAUCCCUCGCGAUGACCCGGCGUUCUACGAGGCCCGGGCCAUAGUAUUCAGCAACAUGGGAUCGCACAAGCAAGCUCUCGAGAUUUACGUGUUCAACAUACAAGAUUAUGCGAAAGCAGAAGAGUAUUGCAAUCGCAUCCACGCACUGCCUAGCACUCGGCGAGAAUCUUUUCCCGCGCCCUCGGUCGACCAGAACGACCCGGAUUCGGCGCCUUCCAUAUAUCACAUGCUCCUUUCCUUAUACCUGACUCCACCACCGCCUAACAAACCAAACCUCGAGCCCGCCUUGGAGCUGCUGUCCAGGCACGGCUCCCGUCUUCCGGCAGAGUCUACGUUGUCGCUUAUCCCUAACGACAUCCCCAUCGCGGAGCUCGAGUCGUAUUUCCGGGGACGCAUCCGCGCGGCCAAUAGUGUGAUAUCAGAAUCGAGAAUCGUCGAGGGUUUGCGCAAAACGCAGCUGGUGAACGCGCAAGCGUUGCUGCUGCUUGGGGACGGCAUCCCCGGCGGCCAAUCCGGGCGCAACAGAAGGGUAGUCAUCGGCGAAGAGAGAGGAGACGACGUAGCGCGAGUGGCAGCCGAGCGGAGCGGAUUGCCGGUUCUUGGGGCAGGCAUGGCUGAACCAGCUGGAAUGAGGUCGAAAUUGCGGAAGCGACUGUACCCGCGUUGA